AAUCCUCCCGGGAGCGGAGCAGGCUCGUGCGUGUGCAUCCCGCACCAGCCCGCGGCCCCGGGCUCCGGCCCGCGUCAGACCGAGCCGCCGCCACAGUAGCAGCAGCAGCACUUGGGGAUCCGGGCCCAGCCGGGGCCGCGGGAGGCGGGGGCGCCCGGGCCCUGGAUGUCCCGCAGCGCGGCGGCCAGCGGUGGACCCAGGAGGCCAGAGCAGCAUCCGCCCCCAGCCCCCUGUGGGGCCCCGGGGGCUGCAACCUCCAGGACGGAGCCAGACGGUGCGGGCACCAUGAAUAAGUUACGUCAGAGCCUGCGGAGGAGGAAACCAGCCUACGUGCCUGAGGCCUCACGCCCACACCAGUGGCAAGCGGACGAGGACGCUGUGCGGAAGGGAACGUGCAGCUUCCCUGUGAGGUACCUGGGCCAUGUGGAGGUGGAGGAGUCCCGGGGCAUGCAUGUCUGUGAAGAUGCUGUGAAGAAGCUGAAGGCGAUGGGCCGGAAAUCCGUGAAGUCUGUCCUGUGGGUGUCAGCUGACGGGCUCCGAGUGGUAGAUGACAAGACCAAGGAUCUGCUGGUAGACCAGACCAUUGAAAAGGUCUCCUUCUGUGCUCCCGAUCGCAACCUGGACAAGGCUUUCUCCUAUAUCUGCCGAGACGGGACCACCCGACGCUGGAUUUGCCACUGUUUCCUGGCACUCAAGGACUCAGGCGAGAGGCUGAGCCAUGCGGUGGGCUGUGCGUUCGCGGCCUGCCUGGAGCGGAAACAGAGGCGGGAGAAGGAAUGCGGGGUCACCGCCGCCUUUGACGCCAGCCGCACCAGCUUCUCCCGCGAGGGGUCCUUCCGCCUGUCCGGAGGUGGGCGGCCGGCCGAGCGAGAGGCCGCGGACAAGAAGAAAGCAGAGGCAGCAGCUGCCCCCACUGUGGCGCCAGGCCCUGCUCAGCCCGGACAUGUGUCCCCGACACCGGCCACCACCUCCCCCGGGGAGAAGGGGGAGGCAGGCACCCCAGUGGCUGCAGGCACCUCUGCAGCAGCCAUCCCCCGGCGCCAUGCCCCCCUGGAGCAGCUGGUUCGCCAGGGCUCCUUCCGUGGGUUCCCUGCGCUGAGCCAGAAGAACUCCCCCUUCAAGAGACAGCUGAGCCUGAGGCUGAACGAGCUGCCUUCCACGCUGCAGCGCCGCACUGACUUCCAGGUGAAGGGCACAGUGCCGGAGAUGGAGCCUCCUGGUGCCAGUGACAGUGAUGGCAUCAAUGCUUUGUGCACUCAGAUCAGCUCAUCUUUUGCAAGUGCUGGGGCACCAGCACCAGGACCACCUCCAGCCACAACAGGGACGUCUGCCUGGGGUGAGCCCUCUGUGCCCCCUGCAGCCACCUUUCAGCCUGGGCACAAGCGGACACCUUCGGAGGCCGAGCGGUGGCUGGAGGAGGUGUCCCAGGCGGCCAAGGCCCAGCAACAGCAGCAACAGCAGCAACAAGCGGCGUCGGGGCCCCCUGUGCCCACUCUACUCCCCUCCCUGCAGCCCUUCCCCGCGCCCAUGGGCCCCUUUGACCCAGCCCCUGCCCAGGUGGCCGUGUUCCUGCCACCCCCUCACAUGCAGCCCCCCUUUGUGCCCGCCUACCCAGGCCUGGGCUACCCACCCAUGCCCCGGGUGCCUGUGGUUGGCAUCACACCCUCGCAGAUGGUGACCAAUGCCUUCUGCUCAGCAGCCCAGCUCCAGCCCCAGCCAGCCACCCUGCUUGGGAAGGCAGGGGCCUUCCCUCCUCCUGUCGCACCCAGUGCCCCUGGAGGUCAGGCCCACACACGCCCCAAUGGAGCUCCCUGGCCCCCAGAGCCAGCACCUGCCUCAGCCCCGGAGCUGGACCCAUUCGAGGCCCAGUGGGCAGCAUUAGAGGGCAAAUCCACCACAGAGAAGCCUUCCAACCCCUUCUCUGGCGACCUGCAGAAGACCUUCGAGAUUGAACUGUAG